AUGCCGCCGAAGAAAGCAUGCGACACAUGCUACAAGAGAAAGGUUGGUUUUGACUCUUACGCGCUCUCAAACUCGUCUAAUUCCGGACCUUGGCCCUGGUCAAUUGCUGACGGCAUCCAGAUCCAAUGCUCCAUCCCUGCCCCGAAUUCGCCAUGUAAUUGGUGCAGCCAUCACGACCUGCAGUGUACCUUUGAUCGCGAGGUGCCCAGAGUCUCAAAAUCUAGAGAUAGGGCAACGUCUGGCGAGAUCAAGGCAUUGUUGCGUCGUAUUGACCAACUCGAAGGCGCCUUGUUAGCUAGCCACGAUGUGCAAAGAAGCCAGCCUUCCCCGGCCGUGACGGUUCCAUUCGCCGAUGCUGGGAGCAGUAGAUCGAAUCUCCAAUCAGGAUCGCUUAGUCCAACGUCGCCGGGGGAUACAACCCGAAGACAAACCACUCCCUCGGGAAAUGUAUUGGGCCAUCAUUGGUACUACAGGGGAAUGCCUAUUCUAUCAGAAAGGGGCCGCGUAUGGAUAGCAUCCAAAACAGAUCAAGCGACGGGAUUGGAGCGGCAUCAUCUGUUUGGAUCCACACCCGGACCGUUUCUUCUCGAGCCCUUCGGAAAGUUGGACGGACUCAAUCAAUUGCCAGGCGAGAACGUGACUCGAAAAGUCUUGCAGUGCUUUCACCAGUCGCACACCUGGCUGUUGUUUCCAGUCAUAGAUCACGUUCUAUUUGAGAAAACUAUCUUGAUGGCCUAUCACAGCAACCAGGACCCCGGGACGCCGUGGGUAUCCGCAGCUGCUUGCAUUCUAUGUCUCCAUGCCAUAUCCAAUCGAUUGCGGGACGUGCGAGCUCUGGCAACCUCAGUAAAUGAUACUGAAUUUGCGGACAUAGCACAGGCGUUCUUGCCUUACCUCACUGGCGAGGCAACCAUAGAGAGCCUUCAAGCUGUUUUGAUGCUACAAGAAUAUAGGAGAGCCAGUGGACGAUGGCAGUGUGCAAAUAUGCUACAUGGCCUUGCGUGUCGCAUGGUUUGCGAACUGAAAGGUCACAUUCAACAUUCCGCCUCGUCUUUUGGGUUCGGCGAACACGAAAGUAAUCGUCAGAUUGACCACAUUCGACGGCUUUUCUGGAUCUGUUACAUCAGGGAUAAAGACGUCUCACUUCGAUCUGGGCAACCGCCGUCAUUGGCUGGAGACUACUGUGACUUAGCACUACCGGAAGACUACAGUUGUUAUUACGACCACUUCCUGCGACUGGAUAAUGGCAAGGAUACACAAGCUGACCAGGGAUGUACUUUUGAUACUGUUGUCCCAGGAGAUGUCCGCCUAAGCAUCAUCGGAGAAGAAGCUUUUCGUUUGCUCUACUCGCCGACGGCCUUGAAAAUGAACGAUGCGGAGCUUCUGUUGCGUAUACGGCAACUAGAUGAUCAACUAGAGAACUGGAGAUUGACCGUCCCUUCAGAGUUUCGACCUAGGCUGUCUAUACCGCCAGAUCGACCAUUUCUUCCAGAUAGAACGAAGGCAAACUUCCUUCCGAGUGUCUUUCGUCUACAAUUGCAACUGGACUACCAUUAUACGCUGACGGCGAUACACACAACAGUGAGGAGGUGUGGUUCCGAGUAUUCGGAAUCUGAAAGCCUGCCAGAGGAUCUCCACCUCGUGCUCCAUUCAAGCAUCGACCUUCUUUUGGAAGCUAGCCGGUCAACGCUCAUCUUGCUGAAAUUUGCGAUUGAUUUGCUAGGAGAGGAGGCAUUUUGGAACGUCGUGUUCUAUUCUCCUGUGGCGGUCAUGUCGUUGUUCAUCGAUGUCCUGAUCCAUCCAAACAGUGACCACGCACAGGGCGACAUGGCAGCGUUAGCGGCGGCAAUGAAUAUGAUACAAACUAUCCCUGCGGACAAAAUCUCUCCAACUGAGGCUGAGCAUGUUCAAGAAAUUGCUGAUUUCAUCAUGGAUACUGUAAGACUUGGCGGCAGGGCGAUAUGGAAAGCAAAGAGGAAUAAGCCUCCCACUCUGGAGUAG